AUGGCCCCCAGCGCAGACGACGCCGGCAGGACGGCGUCUUCGUCGGACGACACGACACCUCGGCCGACAGCCGCUCCGGCCAUGGGCCACCAGGCGUGCGAGCGGUGCUGGAAGCGAAAGCAAAAGGCAAUGCGACCGCCAACUGCCGUCCUGCUCGACGUGUGCCGGUCUGGGCGUGACCUGUCAGGCGAGGAGCGUACAGUUCGACUUGCUGACCGACGACAGUCCGCUGUCGCACGCCUCGACCCUGAGACGCUAAAGCGCCGACUGGACGAGCUGGCCCACGCACCACCACACGGCCAGAACAAGCGAGCCCGGCUGGACGGCGACCGGCCUCGCAGUGACGGUGUCGCCGUCGCCGUGUCGUCCUUUUCGUCGCCACCGUCGCCGUCUGCGCCGGCGCCACCGCUUAUUCGGACUGCUGUCACCACCACUCCGUCCACAGUGCGGAUUCGCACGGCCGCAUCCGAAGCCGGCACCAGCAGCACACGUCUCCGGGCUCAUGCCAGCACGAGCACGGCCGCGACGUCGCUGGCCGCCGACGAUGAGGUCGCUGCCGAUGCUACGGACGGAUCCAUACGCGCCAUGAUGGGCGAGAUCGGCUUCCUGUCGCGCAGCGCCAUCGGAGAGCCGCACGACGAUGAGCCAACGACGGCCGUCCAGCGACCACUUCGUCUGGCGCCUGACCGCGUCGUCAUGGCCGCCCUGGCCCUCGACGGCCACGAUCCCUCGGGCAGCGGACGUGAUGGAGGUUCUGCUGCUGCUGCUGCUGCUGCUACCGGCGACAGCAAGAACGGCUCAGCCCCUCUGCAUCUGCAUCCGCAUCUGACAGACCCUCCCGACGAUUGGACCUGGACCUUGACCAGACUCGCUUCGGCCGUUCAUCUGCGCCGCUUUCUCGACGAGGUCGCCGUUCGGUUCCCCCAUCUGGCCACGGCCAAGGCCGCUGACCAGCUCGAGGCCCAGUACGAGGCCGUGCUCAAGGCCCAACACGAUGCCGUCCUCCAGUCGCAGUCCUCUUCCUCCUUCUUUUCGUCCUCGUCGGCCCCCUCGCCAUCCGCUCGCCUGGCUGUCUACCUCGCCGUCGCUACCGGCGCCCUGCUGGCCCCUAAUGCUGCUCGCCUGCACGGCUUCGCCCAGCGCCUUCACGCUGCCGCCGUCCGGCUGCUGCCCGCUGUUCUCGUUCAGCGCCCUGGAGCGUCUGCUGCUGGAAACUCCAACGCGGGCGAGGCGCUUGCUGCCAUCCGCGCCAUCGUCGCGCUCGUCAUCUACGCCACCCUCUCGCCUGACGGCGGCUCGGCCUGGCAUCUGCUCGGCAUGGCCACCAAGCGCUGCAUCGUGCUGGGAUUGCGACGCGAACCUGACGUCCAGUCGGCUGUCGAGGCCGAUGAGCGGCGUCGCCUCUUCUGGAGCGUCUACCUGCUGGACCGGUCUAUUGGUCUGGUUAUGGAUCGCCCUUUUAGCAUCCAGGACGAAGAUAUUUCUGUCAGCAUGCCAGAAGAUGACUCUUCCUCCCGCGAAAUCCCACCCUUCUUCUCCCUCAGCCACCACCUCGUCGUCCAGGCCCGUCUCGUCUCCGCCGUUCGCACAGCCGCCCGCACUGCUCCCCUCUUCGACUACAGCAACUUUUGCUACUGGCGCGACUUUCCCCCUCCGCUCGACCAUCUGCCUGCAGACGCCCGCGAAACCCACGCCGACUUCCUGCACCUGCUGGCCUGCCGCACCCUCGUGCAGAUCACCGCCAACUGCCUGCAUGGUCACGAGCCUGCUGCCUCUUCCACCACUGUCACUGCCACCAUCACCACCACAACCGAGACAAAAGCCAUCACCGUCGACGCCUCCGACUCUUCGCCCUCUGUCCUCUCCUCGUCCUCUUCGGUUGCCGCUUCUUCGGCCUCUACCUCCACCCCCCAUUCGCCCAAGGAGGAGGACCCCGGCACAGCCCAAACGAUGGCGCCUGUCGAAGCUGAAGCUGCCACCACCACCGCGCCGCCUCCUCUCGCCCCCAGCGUCAGUGUCGGCCUCCUGUCCGGCCAGAGCCUUCGCCAGAGCAUCGACGACGACGCCGCCCGCCACUGCCGCGGCCUCAUCGAGCGCGCCUACGCCCGUGCCGACCGCGAGCUUGUUUUGUCGGCUCCUUUGUCGACGCCUACGACCUUUUUGCCGCCGGUGUCGUUUACCUCUUGCACCAUGCUGAUCACCUCCAUCGGCGAGCGCUUCUCCGCCCUCAAGCCCCUGCGCCGCGUCUUGGUCGCUCUGCUGGCCCGUCUCCGUGCCCGCAAAAUGGCCCACGGCAGCAUCCCCGAACUCGACACUCUUCCCGCCAUUGUUCCCACAUACCUUAAACGAAUGAUACACAACUGCUUAUGA